CUAGCGUCUUCUCUGACCAAGUCUGUUUAAAGUGCUCCCAAUUUCUCUCUCUGCAGUGACCGUCAACGGCAAUGGCAGCGAAUGGCGUCGUCUACGGCUCGGUGGAGGAGUUCCUGAAGCAGUGCGAGCAGUCCGGCGAUGCCGCAUACGGUGCAUUCCGGUCGGUGCUGUCUCGCCUGGAAGAUCCGACUACCCGUUCCCAAGCGCGGAUCUUCCUUUCGGACCUGCAGAAGCGUUUUCCCACCAAGGAAGCCUGCGAUCACUGCUUUAAGACCUACCAUUUCCGGAUCGAAGACAUUUUCUUGGACCAAUACGAGGGAUACCAAGGGAGGAAAAAAUUGACAAUGAUGGUGAUCCCUAGCAUUUUUGUCCCAGAAGACUGGUCCUUUACUUUUUAUGAGGGAAUUAAUAGACACCCAGACUCCAUUUUCAAGGACAGGACUAUUGCUGAGUUAGGUUGUGGAAAUGGUUGGAUAUCUAUUGCCAUAGCCGAGAAGUGGCUGCCUAUGAAAGUUUACGGCCUUGAUAUCAAUCCUAGAGCAGUAAAGAUUUCUUGGAUAAACUUGUAUUUAAACGCUUUAGAUGAAAAGGGCCAGCCUGUCUAUGAUGAGGAGAAGAAAACCUUGCUGGAUAGGGUAGAGUUUCAUGAAUCUGAUCUUCUGUCAUAUUGCAGAGAGCAUGAAAUUCAACUUGAGAGAAUUGUGGGCUGCAUACCUCAGAUUCUUAAUCCCAACCCAGAUGCAAUGUCUAAGAUUAUUACUGAAAAUGCAAGUGAGGAAUUCCUUUAUUCCUUGAGCAAUUAUUGUGCGCUUCAGGGUUUUGUUGAGGAUCAGUUUGGCUUAGGGUUAAUUGCUAGGGCGGUUGAAGAGGGAAUAGCAGUAAUCAAACCAAAUGGAAUCAUGAUAUUUAACAUGGGAGGUCGCCCAGGUCAAGGUGUUUGCAAACGAUUGUUUGAACGUCGGGGUUUCCGCGUCACAAAACUUUGGCAGACUAAAAUUCUUCAGGCUGCAGACACAGAUAUUAGUGCCUUAGUUGAGAUUGAGAAGAACAGUCCACACCGUUUUGAGUUCUUUAUGGGACUUUCUGGUGAUCAGUCAAUUUGUGCAAGGACAGCAUGGGCAUAUGGAAAGGCUGGUGGCAGCAUUUCUCAUGCUCUAUCAGUUUACAGCUGUCAACUUCGUCACCCUAGUCAGGUUAAGGUUAUUUUUGAAUUUCUUAAAAAUGGAUUCAAAGAGAUCAGCAGUUCUUUAGAUUUGUCCUUUGAUGAUGAUUCAGUUGCGGAUGAGAAAAUUCCUUUCCUUGCUUAUCUUGCAAGAAUCUUAAGAGAGAAUUCGUAUUUUCCUUAUGAGCCACCAUCUGGAUCCAAAGGAUUUCGCAGUCUUGUUGCAGGAUUUAUGAAAAAGUAUCACCAUGUUCCAGUGACUGCCAAUAAUGUGAUCAUCUGCCCUUCAAGGACUGUAGCAAUUGAGAAUGCUCUUCGCUUGUGCUCACCUCAUCUUGCAAUUGUUGAUGAACACCUGACUCGACACCUGCCCAGGCAGUGGUUAACAUCUUUGGCAGUUGAGAAGAAUGCAGUAUCUGGUGACUCCUCAGAGGAUACUCUUACAGUAAUUGAAGCUCCUAGGCAGUCGGACUUAAUGAUAGAACUGAUAAAGAAGUUGAAGCCACAAGUGGUGGUGACUGGGAUUGCUCUUUUUGAGGCAGUUACUAGUUCAGGUUUUGUUAACCUCUUGGAAGCAACACGGGAGAUUGGAUCUCGUCUCUUUAUAGACAUAUCUGAUCACUUUGAGCUAUCCAGCCUCCCAGGAUCUAUUGGGGUCCUAAAAUAUCUAGCAGGAAAUACUCUUCCUACUCAUGCAGCAAUUAUAUGUGGAUUAGUGAAGAAUAAGGUUUAUCCAGAUUUAGAAGUAGCUUUUGUCAUUUCUGAAGAAGAGUCUCUCUUCAGUGCCUUAUCCAAAACUGUUGAACUACUUGAGGGCAAUACUUCACGGAUUAGUCAGUACUACUAUGGUUGUAUUUUUCAUGAGCUUCUUGCUUUUCAGCUUGCAGACAGACAUCCAGUUACUCAGAGAAACAGUGAAAAUGUCAAAUCAGCAGCUACGAUAGGAUUUGCUGGCUCAACUAUACCAGUGCUUAGUAAUGCGGAGCUGUCCAUCGAUGGGGCGGAGAACGGGUCUCUAAUCCACAUGGAUAGUGAUCAAAGCUUCUUGUCUAUUCCAUCUUCUAUCAAGGCUUCUAUUUUUGAAAGUUUCGCAAGACAAAACAUGACAGAAUCAGAAACUAAUGUCACCCCAAACAUCAAACAAUUUGUCAGUAGAAACUAUGGUUUCCCAACAGAUAACAACGCAGAAAUUAUAUAUGCUGAAAAUUCAACGGCUCUUUUUAAAUUGGUCCUUUGCUGCAUCAAAGAAGGUGGCACCUUAUGUUUUCCAACUGGAUCAAAUGGGAACUAUGUUACGGCUGCCAA